UCACAUGAAAAAUUAAACUGUAAAACGAAAUCUCUAAAAAGAAAAAAGGCGAGAAAAAAAUGAUAAAGAACAAAAUAUCAAAGAAAAAUGUAAGAAUAAGAAAAGAAAAAGUAAACAAGAUUAAAGUGGAAAAUUUUAAAACGGUUAGAAGAGUAAAUGAAAGCUGCAAAAAUGUUACAGAAAAUUAUAUUUGCUUCAUAUCUCAUUACGUUCUUUCCCGUAAAAGCUGAGCAGCCAUUCUGCAAUUUACACACUUUAUUCCCAAUUAAUGACAGAGUUUUUAACAUAAGUAAAGAACACUGCGGAAGUCGUUUUGUUGUUUUAAAGACAACUUCAAACAAUUACAUCCAAUGUGCUGACGAAUGCUUACGCAAGAAGUUUUGUCUCUCCAUUUACUUUAAAAGAAGAACAGACGCAGUAGAUGAAAAUAAUUGUUUUGGUUUCAAAGACAAAACAGUUUAUUUAAAGCAAUGUCUAAUCGACACUCGUCCUGGUGAAAUUCAGUGUGAUGUACCAACUGUAGAAAACUUUUUCAUACAAUUGCAAGGUUGCAGUCGUGGUAACAUAUGAACAUGUAUCCUAGGGCAAGCGCUCGAUAAAGCACCAGGAAGAGCCCUCGAUAAAAAGAUGUCAUAUCAAAUACACUUGUUACUUGAUGUAACUACUGAAAUUGAUCUUGCUAGCGCUUAUUUGACGACGUAAUUACGAAACCUUUUUUUUAUUAUUCAUUUUAUUUUUUUUAUAUCGCGACGUUAAAUGUAUCGUUGCAAAUAACGCCCAAUGUCCGCAUAAAAAAAUUAUAAUGUGAGCGGGUCAGAGAAAUGCAAGUAAUAAUUAAAUGACGUUUUUGUUAGAACAAGCAGGUAGCUCUUAAAGUUAACAUAUAGAUUUCACUUUUGUGUUGUAUUUUACUUGAGAUCAAAGUUCUUGUGUUUCCGCAUGCACCCCUAAAGUAAUAAUAGCUCUAACGUGCAGACGUUUAGUAUUAGUAUUGUUUUUAUGACGGAAAUAUGCAAUGUAUGUAUAUAUAUAUCGUGGAGAUUUUGUAUUGUCUCAAGAUAUGGCUACAUAACAAAGAGGAAAUUUAAACGUUCGCAAU